CACCCACUUCUCCCACCCGGGCAUCAAGAAAGCUCUUUUCUGAAAUUGCCCUCCAGACGAGAGAAUCCCUAAAAUGGCCCUAUUUUCCUCUGCCACUCUCAAUCUUCGCAGGUACUAAUCUAAUCAUGUUAUUAUUAAUUUUUUUUUUGCAACGCUCGUUUGAUUCCCAAGAAAAUCCAUCCCCCAUUCGAUUUCCGGGAAAAUUCAUCCGAGAAAAUCCAUGCAAAACCCCCAAAGAAAACCAAAAUAAUUGCUUUUUUUUUGCUCCCUGUGUUUUCUGGAUCUGUUCUAGGGGUCUCUUUGCUUUUGUGCCAUUGGAUUUCAAUUUCACGAACCCUAAAAUCCACAAUUUUUGAGCCAGGCUGAAAAACACAACCUUUGCCUGCAAAUCAUGAUCAGAUUACCAAAUAGCAUCUUAUGUUUGUUUAAAAAAACAGAUUUUGUAUCCUGUGCGCGGGCUGGACUAGUAGGAAAUGUCGGGAAAUUUCCCGAAAAAUCGGUAAAAUACCGAUAAAUACCGAAAUAUCGGCGAUAUUUUCGAAAAAUUACCGAAAUUUCCGUCGACCGAUAAUCGGUGACGAAUAUUGUGUCGGAGCCGGCCAGCGAUUAAGUCAACCGGAAAAAAUGAAUGUGAACCGGCCAGCAAUUAAGUCAUUUGCUAGAACUUGUUCAAGGGAACAGGUAGAGAGUAGUUGGAGAGAGACUCACUCAUUUGUGUUGACCUCUGAAAUUGUGGGAAUAGAAGAAAACAAAGAGGAGAUAAUAAAGUCGUUGGUGUCAUCUGAUAAUCAAGAAAUUCUUUCCAUAGUUGCCAUUGUUGGGAUUGGGGGGUUGGGUAAGACCACCCUUGCCCGGUUGGUGUACAAUGAUGAGAAAGUGGUGCAAUUUUUUGAGCCUAGAAUAUGGGUUUGUGUUUCUGAUCAUUUUGAUGUGAAGUGGCUGGUAAAAAAAAAUUUAGGAUCCAUAAACAUUCAAAACAUGGAAGGUUUUGAGUGGGAUGAUUUGAAAGAUAGGCUUCGGGAAGAACUGAGUCAAAAGAAGUACUUGCUAGUAUUGGACGAAGUUUGUGAUGAAUAUUUUGAGAAGUGGGAUCAGCUGGAAGCUUUGUUGAUGGUCGGUGCCGAAGGGAGUAAAAUUGUAGUCACCACUUAGAGUCAUGUUGCUGAAAGUGUUAUGCACAGUGCUUCCACCAUUAAUUUGCAACCUCUGGGAAUGGAUGAGUCUUUGUAUUUAUUUUCAAAAAUUGCACCUAGAAGAGAACAAGAGAAAGUACAUCCCAACCAUGAGGCAAUUCGAAGAGAAAUUGUUGAAAUGUGCAAGGGAUUUCCUCUUCCCAUUAAGACUUUAGGAGCAAUGUUGCACUUUAAAACUGAAGAAAGUCUAUUGUUGUCUAUUAAGGGAACUUUACAUGAAGAUAUAAAUCAUGGUAUUCUUCCACUUUUUUAAGUUAAGCUAUGAUAAUCUGCCACUUCCUUUGAAGCAAUGUUUUGCUUAUUUUGCGUUAUUUCCGAAAGAUUAUGAAAUUGAGAAAAAGUUGUUGGUGCAAUUAUGGAUGGCACAAGGCUAUAUUGAAUCUUCAUAUGGAAAUGAGCAUUUAGAAGAUAUUGGCAAUCAAUACUUUGAAGAUUUAUUGUCUAGGUCAUUGUUUGAGGAGGUUAUAGAGGGUGUCAAUGAUAAUAUAAAAAGGUACAAAAUGCAUGACCUUAUCCAUGAUCUUGCACAAUCAGUUAUGGGAUUCAACGUUGGCAUUUUAACAGAUGAUAAGAAGAAUAUUUUUGGAGGAGUUAACCAUGUGUCAUUGUUUGGAGUCUCUAGGCCCUUACGUCUUGUAAUCAACUAUUUAGAGGCAAAAUCCUUAAAGUCCUUUCGUGUGUUCUCUUGCCAUGGUUGUAAAUAUGAACCAAUGGUGGAUACAUGGAUUUCAAGUUGCAAGUCUUUACGUGCCUUGGAAUUAAAAAUGUUGGAAGUUAAGAUGGUGCCUGUGUGUUUAGGCCAAUUACACCAUCUAAGGUAUCUUGAUCUUUCCUACAAUGAUUUUAUGGUACUCCCAGAGGCCAUUAGAAGUUUAACGAAUUUGCAGACGCUAAGACUUGUUCAUUGUAGAAAUCUAAAAGAAUUUCCAAAAAAUACACCAGAAUUGAUCAAUCUUAGGCACUUGGAGAAUGAUGGGUGUAUAAACUUGACUUCUAUGCCAUUUGGAAUAGGAGAUUUGACUUUGCUUCAAAGCCUGUCCAUCUUUGUUGUUGGGAAUGGAAGAGGGCAUUCAAGGGAUAAUAAAAUUGGUAGCUUGAUUGAAUUGAAAAGGCUUAACAACCUAAGAGGAGAGCUAUACAUCAAAAAUCUUGAAAAUGUGAGGGAUGGUGCAUUAGAAACCAAGGAAGAAAAUUUGAAGGGAAAAAAAAUACCUGUAGUCUCUGAGAUUAGAAUGGGGGCCAAGUGAACAAGAAGCUGAGGAUUGUGAGUUAGUGAUGGAAAGCCUCCAGCCACACCCAUGCCUGGAGAAGCUCUAUGUAAAAGGCUAUGGAGGUGGGAGGUUUCCAAGUUGGAUGAUGGAUGAGUUGCAUUUGCGGCUCCCUAACCUACUUCAUAUUCAUUUAGAAGGAUGUAAAAUAAGCCAAAUUCUGCCAUCCUUUGCUCAACUCCCUUUUCUCCAGUCUCUGGAUCUUAAUGGUCUUGAUGAGGUGGAAUACAUGAUGGAGUGUUCAUCAAAACUGCCAUUCUUCCCAUCUCUUCAAAGACUCCAGCUCAGUUAUUUGUGUAAAUUGAAUAGAUUGUGGAGGACGGACUUACCAGCAGAGCAACUUCCUUUGUUUCCUUGUCUUUCUCAAUUAGUUAUUGAAUAUUGUGAUAAUUUGACAUCAUUGACACUCCCUUCAUCUCCUUGUCUUUCUAAAAUAGAGAUCACGUGUUGUGAUAACUUAACAUCCUUGCCACUGCCUCCAUUGCCUUGUCUUUCUAAAUUACAUAUCGAUCAAAUCCCUAAGUUGGCAUCCUUGGAACUGCAUUCAUCUCCUCAUCUUUGCUAUUUGUGUAUCAAAAGUUGCCCUUGACAUCCUUGAAAGUGUCUUCAUUACCAUGUCUUGAGGUACUAGACCUGUAUAGAGUCAGAGAGGAGGUAUGGCAACAACUGAUGUUUGUCUCUUCUUCGUUGAAGUCUCUGUCUAUUUGGCACUAUUUGGCAACUUUAUGAGACUGUAUAGGCAACUCCGCAUCACUUUAUAGAAUUUGAAAUUGAUGACUGCCCUCAAUGAUGGAGAGUGAACUGAUUCAGAAAGCGAUUUCAGUCUAGGAGUUUGGGAAAAUGGUGAGGUUUGAAUUUUCUCAGGGCUUUCAACUUGAUUGGGAGAGGAAUAGUGGAUUUAAAAUUCGUUGAAGCUUUGUUCAUGCCCAAACAACUUACAGAAGCACUCAUGUCUCCCGAAGUGCAUUUUCCUUCUAAAUAGAAGAAGCUGACUUUCAGUCGCUAUAGCUCAUCUAUGGCAGAUUUUUCCUCCAAAUUGUUCUUUGCUCAUUCUGAACUAUAGUGUUGGGUUCUUCCAAUUACAGUUGUUUUAGUCCUUUGCUAACCUGUUGUUAUGGGUUCAUUCUGGUACUGAUUUUUCUUCCUGGAUUCUGAUCUUGAAUCCCACACAUGAAGAGGCAGUUUUUGAAUUUUAUAAUCUUUUAUGUAUUUUAUUUCUCAUUUUUUCUGUUGGUUGUAAUCAUCAAGUUCACCUAUACAAAUUCCAUUAACUUGCAUAUAUACCUUGAAUUUUGUUACUCUAAAGGAUUUAAUUUAAAUCCUUGCAUAUAUACCAUGAUUUUUAUUUUUAUUUA